CGCUUCAAGCAAACUGUUCGUGGUUUUCCGCUACCAGUUCACCGUUUUCGUCCUUCCCUUCUGAAACUCCUAACUAGCAGCCAAUGAGCCAAUAAUGAUGAAUGACGAAAACACGGAAGAAGAGACGAUGUAUUGCUGCAUUUCUCACGAGUUCUUCCGAGUAGCUUCAGCAAACCCUGACAAAAUCGCAGUAAUCCAUGCUUCCGGUGUUGCCCAAGUUUCCAAGGAACUUCGUGAAAAUUCUACUUCAUCCUAUUUCGGCGGAGAUAUUGUUGAGUCCUUAGACAAGCUUGUGAAAUCGGUUUCUCCGCCUAUGUACUUUGGGGACUACUGCUACACAUACUCUGAUUUGUUGAAGGCCGUUCACUCCCUUAGCUCUCGCCUCCGCUCCAUCCUGCUUGGUGGGGAUGAUACCGAUUUGAUCAGACCCAAAGCUCAAGGCAAUGAUGAUGUCAAUAGUAGAGAAGGAAAAAUUGGUCAAACACCUGAGUCCUUAGAAAUUGUCAUGUCUAGCGCAAAAACAGUGUCUUCUUCAAUAACAGAGCACAGACCAAAGAUCGUGGGAAUAUAUAUGCCACCUUCGGUAGAAUAUAUUGUUGCUGUUCUCUCUGUUUUGAGGUGUGGAGAAGCUUUCUUGCCUUUGGAUCCUUUUUGGCCAGACAGAAGGAUACAAUCGGUUGUUUCUUUUUCAAAAGCUGAUCUCAUUAUAAAGUCCCGAUCUUCAUUUGGUAAAAGUAAUUUAGAUCAACCUGAUGAAUCACAUUGGGCUGUACAUUUGAGCAGUUGUCCUCUUUUAAACUUCUCUAUGGAAGAAAACCUUCCAGAGUCUCCAGCAGAUUUUUCAUGGCCUUGUGAAAAUGAUAAAAAGAGAUCCUUCUGUUAUCUGAUGUACACUUCAGGGUCAACCGGAAAGCCUAAAGGAGUAUGCGGAACUGAACAGGGUCUUUUAAAUCGAUUUUUUUGGAUGCAAAGAAUGUAUCCACUGGAUGGGCAAGAUUUACUGUUGUUUAAGUCAUCAAUUAGCUUUGUUGACCAUCUACAAGAAUUUCUCAGUGCUAUUUUGACUGCUUGUGUGCUGGUUAUUCCUCCCUUCUGCGAGAUGAGCAAUGCAUACUGUCUUAUAGGUUUUCUACAGGCUUAUUGUAUUAGUAGGCUGACAGCUGUUCCAUCACUAAUGAGAACAAUACUCCCUGGACUGCGAAAUCAUGCUGGCAUGCGGGUUCAAUGUUCAUUGAAAUUGCUUGUGCUUAGUGGUGAAAAUUUUCCUUUAACCUUGUGGGAGAUGCUUUCUACUGUCUUACCAUAUACAUUUAUCUUGAAUUUAUAUGGAAGUACUGAGGUCUCUGGUGAUUGUACAUAUUUUGAUUGCAAGAGGAUGCCAUUAAUCCUGAAGUCAGAUAUGCUAUCAAGUGUGCCAAUAGGUGUGCCUAUUUCAAACUGUGAUGUGCUGCUUAUUGGUGAAAAUGAUGCAUCAAAUGAGGGAGAACUAUAUGUUGGUGGUUCCUGCAUUUCUAGAGGUUACUAUGCUGUGCCUAAUUUAUUGUCUGAGGACUUUGUGGAAUUGCCUCAAAAUUAUGGCUCCAGAGAUUCUGUUGGUAGUUAUCAAAAGCAAUUAUACUUUAGAACUGGUGAUUUAGCCAAAAAGUUACAAAGUGGUGACUUUAUAUUUUUGGGAAGAAAGGACCGCAUUAUAAAAGUCAAUGGACAGCGUAUUGCUCUGGAAGAAAUUGAAAAUUUGCUCAGGGAACAUCCAGAUAUAAAUGAUGCUUCUGUAAUUUGUCAAAAUAAUCAAGGUGAACAUGUGCUUCUGGAAGCAUUUAUAAUACUAAAAGAGGCUGAAAGGCCUGGUGAAUUAUUAAUGCCUUCAAUCAGAAGUUGGAUGAUCAAUAACCUUCCCUCAGUUGUGGUUCCAAAUCAUUUCAUCUUUAUGGAAUCAUUUCCUCUGACUGCUAGUGGUAAAGUUAAUUAUGAGGUUUUGGCGCGUUCAACUUUAUUUACUAAGCAUGUUGAUAAUAAGAAUGGUAGCAUAGGAUGCAGUGACCUUCUACGACUCAUCAAGAAGGCAUUUUGUUAUGUUUUAAUGGUAGAAGAGUUUUGCAAUGAUGAUGAUUUCUUUAAAAUGGGCGGGAACUCGCUUACUGCUGCGCAUGUUGCUCACAGUCUGGGGAUUGAUAUGAGACUCCUUUAUGACUAUCCGAGUCCUUUUAAGUUAUGCAUGGCUCUUCUGCAGAAGAAGGGAUUAUGUGCUUUGCAUAAAGACCUGGAUAAUUGUUCAAAAUUUAACGUUGACACACAAAAUCUUAUUUCUUCCAAUCUUUCUGAAAAUGCUGAUUCUCUUCUUCAACCAAUGGGCAUUUCUGAUGGUGAUGGCAAUUGUUCUUUCCCUUGCAAACGUUUGAAGAGGGAUCUUACCAUGGACUUUAUUACAUCAGGGGGUGAUGGGUCUAUCCGUUGGUGUUCUUCCUCAAUGCUUUUAUCAUGUUCAAUUAGCCGCUGCAACAAGGUCUUGUUUAAAAAGCAACCUGGAAUAAUUGAUACACAUCAAACAACUUGGUCUCUGAAAGUACCUAGAAGUAAAAGGGGUCAUAUGAAAGAUUUGUGGAAGGUUUAUAUGGAAUCUUGUGUUGAUGCAUCACCAAUGCUUGUGUUUAGAGGCUCAGACAUUUAUUUGUUCAUUGGAUCUCACUCGAAUAAAUUUCUUUGUAUUAAUGCCAGAAGUGGUUCUGUUCAGUGGGAGACCAAACUGGAAGGACGGGUUGAAUGUUCUGCAGCAAUUGUUUGUGACUUUUCGCAGGUGAUUGUUGGAUGUUACAAGGGGAAAAUUUACUUUCUUGAUUUUUCCAAUGGAAACAUUUGUUGGUGUUUUCAAACAUCUGGAGAGGUAAAAUCACAACCAGUUGUAGAUACAGCCAGACAAUUGAUAUGGUGCGGUUCGCAUGACCAUAACUUAUAUGCUCUUGAUUACAAAAGACAUUGUUGUGUCUAUAAGCUACCUUGUGGAGGUAGUAUAUAUGGGUCGCCUGCAAUUGAUGGGGUUCGUGGUGCCCUUUACGUUGCUUCAACUGGUGGCCGUGUGACAGCUAUAUCAAUUAGGGAUUUUUCAUUUAAUACUUUGUGGCUUCAAGAGCUAGAGGUCCCAGUUUUUGGUUCUCUGGCCGUCAAUCAGAAUGGGAUAAUUAUAUGCUGCUUGGUAGAUGGCCACGUUAUUGCAUUGGAUCCAGAUGGGUCCAUAAUUUGGAAGAAAACAACUAAUGGUCCAAUAUUUGCUGGAGCAUGUAUAUCCUCUGCUCUUCCAUCUGAGGUGCUUGUUUGCUCCAGAGAUGGAAGUGUGUACUCAUUUAAACUGGAUAAGGGCGAUCUACAAUGGCAAUACAAUGUUGGAGAUCCAAUUACUGCAUCUGCCUAUGUUGAUGAACACUUGCUGCUCAAGUCUGAUUCCUGCCGUUAUUCAGACAGGUUAAUUUGCAUAUGUUCCAGUUCUGGAGGUAUACACAUUCUUAGAGUGAACUUGAAUGAAGUUGAAGAUACUGAUCAACCAAGAACUAGUAUGGAGGAAUGUGCCAGGAUAAAUUUGGAGGGAGAUAUAUUCUCUUCACCUGUAAUGAUUGGUGGCAGAAUUUUCGUGGGAUGCAGGGAUGAUUACUUGCAUUGCAUUUCUCUUGAAUUUCCAUCUGACACUUGAAUGAUAAAGCUUAUUAUGUAUAUAAUAAUUUUUUUUAAUUUAAUUGUUGCCAGUGAUAAAGUCCUUGGGGUAAGGUUUUUUUUUUUUUUUUUUAAAUUUGGUGUCCAAUUCUGUGAUUAAAAAUCCUUCAUGGUGUUUGUUACUAGUUGGUAAAUGCCAGUGCCACAGAAAAUUUCUAUA